ACGACAACUUUUGCUUUAUUAUUUCGCGGCUACUUGGCAGACUGAAUAAAAUGAGAAUUUCUCAGAGAUUUUUAUGAGAACUUUAUUGGUUUAUUUACUUCAGAAUUAAUAACUUUGGAAGGUUUUUAUUCUUUCAGUCUCAUAAACUCCUCGCAGCAGGACUUUGUGAUCGUUGCUUGUUUAUUUAGGCUUAAGCUGUUUUCCUAAAGGGGAUCGGACACAGUCACAUCAUCCUCAUUCUGGUGCCACUCCCAAACGAUUAAGCUGUUGGAAUAUGGAGCAAUCCAACUGAACACUGGAGCGUGAAUCUUCUGUGUGUGUGUGGCCUUGCAUGUACUCGCUAUUAUGGGAUGCGGACUACGGAAACUGGAGGACCCGGAGGACAGCAGCCCGGGGAAAAUUUACUCCACUUUAAAGAGACCACAGGUCGAGACCAAAACAGACUCGGUAUACGAGUAUGUGCUACUGGACUUCAGUUUGGAAGGCAGUCGGCCUACAGUGCUGUAUCUGUCCUCGCUGUGUGAGUUGCCUCAUGCCCUGCAGUCCUACUACACCCAGGGCUACGUACUGGCUGCUCUCCAUCCCAUCAUCCUUUCUGUGGGCCGGACCCGCUCUCUGCCCUGCAGCCUUCUCUACCGAGCUAUCCUGGUCCGCCCACGAUCCAGUAAGCAUGCAAUGCCCAUGAUUGACAGUGUGCCAGUGUUGCGAGUGGAGGAGUGGCCACUGCCGGGAGAAUCUCUGACCAGUGACGCUGUGAGACUGCUGAUAGACAGGGUUAACAGCUAUGCCAGGGGCGGCGUGAGGUUUGUGGGGUCAGUGCUCCAGCAGGCUGGAGGAGGGGGCUUUAACGGUAGAGUGCCCAUUCCCAGGAGAGGCUGCCGUUCCCCACCCCGCACCCCACCUCGCACGCCGCCUGGAGACAGAGAUCUAGAGGGAUGUGGGUACAGCCCAGACCUGAGAUUGUUGGUGCUGUUUCACUCCUGGGCUCCGGGUUACACACCACUGGAUUCUCUUGCCUGCUGUUACCACCAGGGUGCGCUAUCAAUGAAGAUCUCCAGGAAGGGCCAGGUUGUCAGUUCCCUGGAAGCUGAUUGGCUGGAACUGACUGCGGCGUACUACCGCAAGGGCUGGUCAUUGGUUGACUCCUUUGUGUACUGGGACACACCUAAAGGUGAACCAGUGCCCAGGUCUCUAGAGGGACUGUUUGUAUAUGAAGAGAAAAGCACAGCGCCACCUGCCAAUGACACUAUUGUAGUGGAACAGUGGACAGUUAUAGAGGGUUCAGAUGUCAAGACCGACUAUGGCCCUCUCCUCCACACAUUAGCAGAGUUUGGCUGGCUGCUUACCUGUGUGCUGCCCACUCCCAUUAUUCGCCAUGACAGUGAAGGGAAUCUCGCCACCAAGCAGGUGGUGUUCCUGCAAAGACCUGUCAAAGGCCAAUCGGUACAACACAACCAGGUAUCUAGGCGACAAGAGAUGUCCAGUCACUCUGUGAGUCAGUGUGUGGAGGAACCACACACAAAGUUGUCAUCUCCAUGUUCAGGGGGGAUUGGUGGUUUCCCCGUGUUUGGAGGGGGGUAUCCCAGUGUGCUCUCUCAUCUAGAGGAGGGUGGAUUUGAGCCCGACGAUGGGGCCGCAGAGGUCACCUGUAUGUGACAGGUCAACUCAAAGAUUUCUAAGAGUUUUGUCACCCUAAAACAGAAAGCCUUUGUUUAAGAGCUGCAGAAGUGCCCUAGCAUUUACCACACAUCCAGGAGGAAUUUUCUUUUUAUCCCCGUAUUGGAUUCAGACUUGUAGCACUUCUUGUAAAUAUAAUAUAUAUAAAAUAUUUUUUUUUUUUUUUUUUUU